CUCCACGGCUCCGUGACACCAUGAGCGCCUGGCGGCUGUGGGCCGCCGCUCUGCUGCUCCAGGUGUCGGCAGCGGAGGCACUGGCAGAGCCGGAGCUGUGCUACGUCCUCGAUGGGAUCCUCUUCCUCUACGGCAUCGUCCUCACCAUCCUCUACUGUCGCCUCAAGUUCAUGACCCGCAGAGCGCUGCAGGAGAAGGCCAAGAAGCCAGAAGAAGGCAUCUACACAGGGCUCAGCACUGAGCACCAGGAGACGUACGAAAUGCUGCAGCACAAAGCCUGAGCUCGGACCCCCCCCCACCACCACCGCUGCGCCCCCUCCCCAAAUUACUGCUUUUGGGGCUACGAUGCAGAAUUGGAGCUUUUCCCACCCAAUAAAUGGAGGUUUUCAGCCCCA